GCUUACUGGCUACCAUUGUGACUUUUCUUUUUGAUUUAGAAGGAACGAUGCGGAAAUUCGUUCAACACACUGGCAGUGCCACAGACACAAGAAAUAUGCCCCAUGCGGCGGUCACAGUUCUGGUAUUCGUGUUAUGUAUCUACAGUGCCAAGGCGGCUCCAGUGGACGAUAUCUUACCAGAGGAUGCCGCAGUUAACAGUAACACGUCCCCGUGGUCGACUACGUCCGGAGACACUGACUAUCGCAUAUCAGUAACCACAGAUGAAGACAGAAAUGAAGACACCAACACGUCCAGCUUAACGUUACAAUAUGCAAAGCAGAUGGCAAAGGUUCUGGUCAGCGUCUUACAACACCUGGAAAAAGAGAAGUCCACGGGCCUGGCGAAAAGAUCUCAUAAAAAAUCUCAACUUCUUCCCAAUCCCUUUGACCGCAUGCGCAGAGGACGACAUCAAAACUCCGCAUAUUCUAUACUUCUGUGCACUCAAGUACCCUUGCAGUCAAAUGGCAGUGCGGUAGAUAGGUCCACCAUUGCGUCCGGGGUGCCAAGUAUACCGGUCGGCGUGUCCACUACAACUUCGGCCACGGUCACUGGGUCCGUAACGGAUGUAACAACAACAACAACAAUAACAACAACAGCAACAGCAGUUGACACUUUGUCAACAACAGCCACAGUUACGUCAGAAACAACAAUGACAACAUCGUCAACAGUGGUGGACACAUUAUUGACUACAACAGCAAUAAUCGCAUUAGAGACGACAACAACAGCUGGAUCUGUCGACACUACCGAAGCACCAACGACGAUGGAGACUACAGUUUCUACGGUGCCCACAACACAGUCAACGUUGAUGGACGCCUCCACUUUUCAAAACACAGAACAAUCAACGAUUGUGGCGACCUCUACUGUCUCGCCGGUUUAUGGGUGUUUGAACACUACGUUGUGUCCGGCUAAUUUUUCGGGUACCAUGGAAAUAGCAUGUGACAACCUCACAAAGAGCGCGCAGUGCGAAGACGGCUGGUUAAUCUUUCUAAAACGGACCAACGAUGAUCUCAAUUUUAACAGAACUUGGGCGGAGUAUAAGACCGGAUUUGGAAACGCUUCGGCGGGGGACUAUUGGCUUGGACUGGAGCUCCUCAGCCAAAUCACCAACUCUCAAAACAGCAACGCAACUUUAAAAGUUGACAUGGUCGCUCUUCCUAGUAGCGCCAUCUAUAUCCAAUACAGCCUCUUUCGCGUCGCGGAGGAAGAGGCAAAUUACGGUCUGUACCUAGAUGGCUAUUCAGGUAACGUCACGCAAGACAGUUUUGCUAAUAUCACCCAGGGGUUGGCAUUUUCGACUUUUGAUCGAGACAAUGCCGCCAACACUGGUUCUAGCUGUGCUUUGAGUAACGGAGGGGGCUGGUGGUAUGAAAACUGCGCCAAAGCCCAAUUUACUGCCCACUAUUCACGAGACAGUAUAUGUCGGUCGGACGUGCACCGCUGUAUAAGAUACGAAGGCACUGCAGCUCCGGGUGUGAACUGCGGGUUAACGUGUAUGCUGAGUUCGGCCACUAUGAAAUUAAGACUGAGAUGGAACUUCACAGAUUGUUUUUUUUCUAUAAGUUAG